CGGAAAAUGCACGAGGAUUUGUUGUUGUUCGCGGUAAAAACUAGAGGGGAGAAUGAAGUCUUAAUAAAUGCAUUACCGAAAAAAAAUAAUCGUAUAUAAAUGUAAAUACAUAUGUAUACGAAAAUUAUAUUCAAUUUCCAAAUGUAAUGGUAUAAGUUAAGAGUGUUCGCAGUUAAGAAACACUACAUUUCUGAAAAAGAAGGCUCUUUUACAUAGAUACAAUUAUGGAAAAUGGAUGGCACUUUCCAACUUCAUAUGAGGAUUGGAUAAAAAAUGGUGUUGAAGAAGUUGCUGAAUCAGGAGAAAUAGAAAAUGUUCUUUUUGCUGAUGCACAUCAACCAAUUAUGUCUAAGGAAAUUGUUACAACGAAAAAGAAGAAAAAGAAACUUUCACAACCUGUCAGGAUGGAAACAUUUCAUGACAAGUACACACUAAGUUCUGAAGUACUUGGAAGAGGAGCAAACUCUUUAGUGUCACUAGCAAAGGAAAAGUGUUCUUCAAGAGACUUUGCUGUCAAGAUUAUUGAAAAAUAUGAUGGUUACGAUAGAAGAAGUGUUCUCACUGAAAUCGAUUUGCUGCAUUACCUUUCAGAUUGCCCGAAUAUCCUACAUUUAUAUGAUUCUUAUGAAGAUGGAAGCAGGUUUUAUUUGGUAUUUGAAAGAAUGGAAGGUGGACCUCUACUUUCUCACAUUGAAAAGAAAGGUGUUUUUACAGAAAGAGAAGCCAGUCUUGUAGUGCAAGAUAUUGCUACAGCCCUGAGAUUUUUGCAUAACAAAGGAAUUUCUCAUAGAGAUUUAAAGCCGGAUAAUAUUCUAUGUAUCAAUAAAGAUGAGAUAGUUCCAGCAGUGAUUUGUGAUUUUAACUUGGCUAGUGGUAUUUCAAUAAUUGAUGACAGUGUAACCACUCCAGAACUGUAUACACCAGUUGGGUCUGCAGAAUACAUGGCUCCAGAAGUAGUUGAUGCAUUUGUUAGCGAAGCUGCUUAUGACAAAAAAUGUGAUAUUUGGAGUCUUGGAGUUAUACUAUAUAUUAUGCUCUCCGGUCGUGCACCAUUUCAAGGCAGUUGCGGUGAAAUGUGUGAUUGGGAACGGGGAGGUUCGUGUAAAAAUUGCAAGUUUUUGCUUUGGCAUAGUAUUUUAGAUGGCGAUUACUCAUUUUCAUCUGAAGAAUGGAAAAGUAUUUCAAUGGAAGCAAAAGACUUAAUAUCUCACUUAUUAGUUAAAGACUCUUCUAAACGAUUUUCCGUCGAGGAUGUUUUAGCUCAUCCGUGGCUUGAAGAGGCAAGCAACAAUGAGUUAAACACUCCAAAUGUCCUUGCAAGCUCUAGUUAUACUUAUCGCCUGAGCUGUAUGGCGUCUGAGGCCGUGGCAUAUCAUCGUCAUAUCGUAUCAGAAAGAAAAUCAGAUAAGCAAGAAAAUCACACACGUUGGAGUACUCCACCAAAAUUUGGAUUGUCUCCUCUAGGGAACUCCAAUCUUGCUAAGCGACGUUCAAUAAAAAAUAAAUUAAAACUGGUAACGCCUUUCACAAUUGAUGAUUCGCAGAACGACACACCUGUCGCUUCUCCAGUCGUAGAAUCAUUGUUUGAACGUGCAUUACAACUAAACACUAGCAAUGAUAAGAAAUCGGAUUGUUUUAAAAUUGAGAAUCAAAUGGCGAACUUUCAUCAAACAUUGAUGGAUAUAUCUAAACGUAAUGGCUCUAGAGAAAAUUUUGCGACCUACCAAUGGUCAGCGGCAAACGAUGGUGGCUAUUAAAAGAUAUCACAUUUUUAAUAUUUGAAAGCAUCUAUAUUUAUGGUAUAUAAAGAAGCAAUAUGUAUCAAUCACCAAUUAACUAUUUUACUGCCAAAUUUGCUGAAACUUGAGUAAAUUUAGUAAGCAAGCGUUCACUUAUAAAUGUGCAGUAUAAUGAAAUUCACUUACGUUACGUUAUGCAUUUUCGUUUGAAGAAAAUGUAAUCUAGUAAUUUGAUUUCAUAUAUUCUCAAAAUUAUUUGUUGGGUAACUUAAGCACAUUCUUGCCUCCUCAUUGUUUUUUCUCAGCAUGUCAUUAUUUCACUGUGUUGUCUUACAUCGUCCUUUUUUUUUUAAUAUCGUUGUUAAAUUUCAAUGUUUAAGGCUGAGCUAAAGUUUAUUUUUUAUCAAAAUGUGUUAAACUUUUAAUUUCUUAAUGUUUUCAUCAAAAAUGUUAUCUUACCCCCGUUAAAAAUUUCUCGCAAAUUACGAAUUGAAAUGUGCUUAGAGUAUGAUUAAGUUACUCUGCUUUACGCUUGGUGUAAAUUUCAAAGUUUUAUACGGUGUUUUCAAUUUUUUUUUUUUUUUUAUAAUUUAAUUUUGUUUUAUGUAAAUGUUUAAAUACCUUUUCACUUGUAUUUCCUACACACAUACGCGAGCAUUCACAAACACAUUCAGAGGUGAUUUCUCAAUGACGAGUAAUUAAAUGCAAAAAUAAAAAAAGUAUUUUAUUUAACUUACACUUUUAAGGGUUAAAUUUUUAACUUUUUUUUUCACCCUUCAAUAGUACACCUCUGUGUGUGUAACGCUAGAUAUACUUAAACGCAAGGGGUAAUAUAAAUGAAAAUUCAAAUUUUUAAUACUUCACCUUGAGUUCAGGUUGCUCUGCGUUUUCUUAUAUAGUGAAAUAAGGUUUAUAUUAUACACACACUCACAUCAAGACACGUGAAAAAACAAUUAUAUUGGAUCGCAAUAUUCAAUAUAAAUUGUUUUUUUUUUUUUUAUAAACCAAUAUUUAAUGUAAUGUAUGAAUACUUGACGCCUCAUAUUGAGGCAAACAUAAACAUGCAAGAGAUUAAUUUUUAAAA